AUGGCCUACAGGGUGGAGGUGAGGGUCCUUGGAGUGUGGUGUCAAGAAAAUAACCUCUCACUCAACGUCAACAAAACAAAGGAGAUGAUCGUGGACUUCAGGAAACAGCAGAGGGAGCAUCCCCCCAUCCACAUCAACGGGACAGUAGUGGAGAAGGUGGAAAGUGUGCACUGCCAGGAGCUGUUCAAGGACACCAAGAACCAAGCUCCCUUCCCUGUCUACCCCUCAGUUGGCUACCAGAUCCUCAACGCAGACCACCUGCUGUUGAGGGACUACAGCCAGGAGCUGCUGGGGAACUCCAGUCUGCAAGCCCAGAGGCAGGCCUUCCUCAUUACCAACCCUGGGGCGGGCCUCCUGCAGCCGGCCGUCAAUGUCACCUUCGGCUCCCUGUCUGUGGAGAGACCCAUCGGCCCAGAGCUGCUCCUUGGCAGUCGCAGGAUCCUCCCUGUCAUCCUGGCACGCCAGGUCCUCUCCUCUGCCCCCAUUAUCAGGAUCCUCUUUCACAUGCCCAGUAUGGCCAAUGGAGGUGACGUUGGAGGGGGCAGGGCUGGGGAGGGGGUGGAGGUGGGUAGUGGUGGGAGGAAGGGAACGGAGGAGGGGGCCCACUGUGUGACGGCGUAUGCCUUCUGUGAGACGCAGGAGGUGCGGGGGGCAUGCCUGCUGUCCCCAGGGGGUUUCUGUGUUGCCCAGUUGAAGCCCGACCCGGCCUGGUUCAGCCCCACCAGCCGCUCCUCCAGCUCCAACAGCAGGGAUAGACAGGGAGAGGUGCAGGGUAUUCCCGUGGAGAUCUACUUCCAGAGCCGACGGGACUGGACAGGCCAGUGUGUUCCCCAAGACAGCCUGCAGCAUGUGGGGGUGGGGAGGGGCGGCCCAGUGGGGUCUGGUAUACCCAUGAGGAGGGUAGGGAGUGUCAACAUCCUAAAGGCACCACCUGGAAGCCCUACGUUCCUGCGUCUGAGGUUAGGGGGAGCCGUGGUGGUCCAGACCUCAUCCAAACCACUGAGGACCACCGACUUGGCCACCUUCUAUGUGUUCCUGUCCAGUGUGUCUGCUGUGGAGAGCUUCACUCUUAGAGCCACAGUGAGGAAGGGCAUGUCGUUCAGUACAGCGAGGCCCAGUGACUCAGCCUUAUGGGACAUCGCCCUGGAGCCUGGCAGAAGGGGCGCAAAUUCCAUCUCUGUCGUGUGUCAGAGGAAGACCACCAAUUCCGGGAAAAGGGGUCUGUUGGAGGUCUUGCAGCUUGACUUUGAGACCAAGGAGUUGACUGAGCAACAAUUAGAGAGCCAGAUGAUCACAUGGCAUUUGGAAACAGGACACAUUAAGGAUGUUGGCAUCAUGAAGAUCUAUACCACCCAGAGAGACUACGUAGGCCUGACACCACUGGUCAUGGACAGUGAUGUGAUGAACACAGCUGUUCUGACUGGUAAGAAAGUGUCUACCCCAGUCAGGACUCUGGCUGUGGAGGCUGACGGCACUGUCACCGAUGUCACCAACUAUACCAACUGUAGGUCCACUGACGAGAACGUGCUGAAGGUGUCGGAUCGUUGUGACUAUGUGUUUGUUAAUGGGAAGGAGACGAGGGGGAGGAUGAGGAUGGUGCUCAACUUCACCUACAGCUACCUGAGUGCCCAACUGGAGAUGAGUGUGUGGAUGCCCCGCCUCCCCCUGCUUAUCGACAUAGCCAAUCCCGAACUCAGCCAGAUCAAGGGCUGGAGAGUCCCCGUGGCCGCCGGCACCAAGAGGACCAGCUGGGACAGUGAGGAAGAGGAGGAGAUAAGGAAGAGCAGAGGCUGCAUGCUACAGUACCAACACACCGUGGUCAGGGUGCUCACACCCUUUGUGGCCGAGCCGUCGGACCCAUCUCCAGACCCCAUGGUAGGGGGAUUGGGGGGGUCUCUGGAGACUUUCCUGGGGCCAGACUGGCAGGUGGAUGUCACCAGGCUGGUGCGCUACUCUCUCAGGGUGGGAGACCAAUCUAUAGCCAGACUACAUGCUGGGACAGUACUGCAGGGACGCGCUGCAGGGACCACCACUCUACAGGUGAUGUCCCCUCUGUCUGACUCGAUCCUGGCUGAGCGGAUGGUCAGGGUUCUGGAAGACAAAGUGAGUGUGACAGAGCUGGGAGUGCAGCUGGUCUCUGGCCUCUCUCUGUCCCUCCAACUCAGCCCAGGGAGAAACAUGGCCAUCAUUGCCACGGCUACAAUAGAGGAAGUCAUGCAGAGACCCAAACAGGAGGCAAUGGUCAGCUGCUGGAUCCAGUUCAGUGACGGCUCAGUGACCCCUCUGGACCUCUUUGACCGCAGCAUCUACUCCCUGACUGUGACCUCCGGGGACAAGAGUGUGGCGACCGUGCGCCGGACCCCCCAGUCAGCAUUUGUGGUGGCGGAGGGUGAGGGUCAGGGGGCGCUGGUGAAAGCUGAGCUGAGGAUCUGUGAGGAGUGCCAGAAGUCUAAGAGGAAGAGCAAGCUGGUGGUGGGCAAUGGGCUUCUUAGGGUCACUUUCCAGAAAGGCAGCAGGAUGGACGGAGGGGUCACUGGUGGUGGUGCUACUGGCUAUGGCGGUGAAGGUUCAGAGUCAGAGGUAGAGCCUGAGCCAGUCGUGACAUCACCACGGGAACUCACGCCAGUUGUGACCUCACCACGGGCUCUGAUCGAGGGGGACGGAGACAGACGAUCGUUCAGGAGCACCGUGCCAGACAGCCAGGACAGCACUGUAACUGAUGUCACCACGUCAACAGCCAGGGAUCAGCAAGUUGCUGGAGGUGGCAUUUCUACCAUCAGAGAGGGUAUCAGCAGCACCACCACCAACACUGACAGUAGUACCAUCACCAGGGGAAAACCUGGCACGGACAAACCUCAGGUGUCUGGCAGACCUGGCAGGGACAGAAGCCUGGGCAGAGGACAGGAGCUGAGGAGAGACUGGCGGAACGUGGUGGAAAACCCCAACCAGAAGAAAGAGAUGCCCAAAGCAGAGGCACCACCCCAGAAAGAGCAGCCCAAGCCGCCCCAGAUGGUGGAGAGUGACCUGGUGAAGACGUUCAAAGCCAUGUCAGACCUGGAGAUUGGCAUCUUUGCGCUGGUGGGAGUCUCUGUCCUUGCUAUCCUGGCCUUCCUGCUCAACUGCGCCUCCUAUAAUCUCUGCUUCCGGGUCAACAAGACCCCCGUCCAGGGCAACCCAGACCCCAACGGCCCCAAGGAGCACAGGCACGACUGGGUGUGGCUGGGGACCAGCACAGGGCCAGCGCCGGACAACCCACCCCAGGUCUCCACCAUCAAACGGGAGAACCACGGCUCUAUUGAGUCCCACUGCAGCCUGCAGAGACAAUGCUCUACAGAUAGCCACAGGGCUCUGGAGAGCAGCCUGAGUAUGAGUGCUAUCCCAGAGAGGACUGCCACCUUGGGUAGGAGGAGCAGCUCCCAGCAGGUUCCCACCCUGGACCCCAUGGCUCAGGGUUCAGCCACCCUCCUAGCCAAGCCAACCCGCAGCGAUCCACUCCACUCCCCCACCAGCAAGAGGAAUCAGGUCCAGUUCACCACCUUCACCACACUGGACGUUAAGCACUUGGCUGCCCUGAAGAGGAACGGAGUGGACUUUAACUGGGCCAGUCAGGCUGGGGGAGCUGGGGAGCCUAAGGGGCCUCUACCUGACAUGCUAUGGCCUGUAGUCACACCCCUGGGCCAACCACAGUGAUACUCCACAUGGGUUCUGUGUGUGUGUGUGUGUGUGUGUGUGUGUGUGUGUGUGUGUGUGUGUGUGUGUGUGUGUGUGUGUGUGUGUGUGUGUGUGUGUGUGUGUGUGUGUGUGUGUGUGUUUGUGCGUGCGUGCGUGUGUGCGUGUGUGUGUGUCUGUGUUCUGAACCUGUUUAAGUGUUUAAAUGUGUACAACUUUCUAGUACACAUAGAGUAUACACAUAUUAAUAGGUGUAAGGUUUCUUCCUUUCCAUUAAGUCACACACAUGACCAAAUUACCAAAUUAAUGACCAGACCUCAUUAAUACGGGAUGGUGAAAAGUGUUGUAUGCUUAUAACUGUAAAUAAUGUACUGUAUAUUUCUACAGAUAGUUGUUUACACAUUUCUAACUGUUUAAAUGCAUUUAAUUACUGUUUCAUUUCAUGUCACUUUUGAACAUUUGUAUGAGAAAAUGCAUCAUGAUGUAUUUGUAUGUGGUUAUACACUUUCCAGGCUUUGUAUAUGUCCUAAACAGAAUAGCUUAGAGUUUGUUCAAUUUGUCAGAGAAAAUGCAAUAUUUAUCAAAUAUAUUGGUGCUCUGACAAAUGGUGCUCUGUGUGUGCAAUACUAUUGCCUUUUUUAAGGCUGAAAAGGGAUGUUAAAUAUAGUGGAACUGAAAGCGUUUUAGCAAAAUCAAAUCUUAAAAUCUGUUCAUAAAAAGGAACAGGCCUUCCUGUGAUAUCGGGUGCUGUAGGUGGCCUGGAGGGCGGGUAGUUUACCCCCAGUAAUGGGUUGGUUGCCAUACCAGCCCAACAAUAUGCUUUUAAUUGUGCAUCUGUAAAAAUGUGUGAGGGUUUUAGGUGACAAGCCACAUUUCUUUAGCCUCCUGAGGUUGAAGAGGCUCUGUUGCGCCUUCUUCACCACACUGUCUGUGUGGGUGGUCCAUUUCAGUUUGUCAGUGAUGUGUACGCCAAGGAACUUGAAGCUUUCCACCUUCUCCACUGCGGCUACGUCGAUGUAGAUGGGGGCUGCACUCUCUGCUUUUUCCCGAAGUCCACAAUCAUCUUCUUUGUUUAGUUGAAAUUGAGUGAAAGGUUGUUUUCCUGGCAUCACACUCCCAGAUCCCUCACCUCCUCCCUGUAGGCUGUCUCGUUAUCGUUGGUAAUCAAGCCUACUACUGUUGUGUCAUCUGCAAACUUGAUGAUUGUGUUGGAGGCGUGCUUGGCCACGCAGUCAUGGGUGAACAGGGAGAACAGGAGGGAGUUGAGCACACACCCUCGUAGGGCCCCAGUAUUGAGGAUCAGCGGAGUGGACGUGUUGUUUCCUACCUUCACCACCUGGGGGCGGCCCAUCAGGAAGUCCAGGACCCAGUUACACAGGGCAAAGUCCAUACCCAGGUCCUGAAGCUUAAUGAUGAGCUUGGAGGGUACUAUGGUGUUGAAUGCUGAGCUAUAGUCAAUAAACAGCCUUCUUACAUAGGUGUUCCUCUUGUCCAGAUGGGAUAGGGUAGUGUGCAUAGUGAUGGCGAUUGCAUCGUCUAUGGAUCUAAUGGGACAGUAAGUAAAUUGAAGUGGGUCUAGGGUGGCAGGUAAGGUAAAGGUGAUAUGAUCCUUUACUCAUCUCUCAAAGCACUUCAUGAUGACAAAGGUGAGUGCUACGGGGCGAUAGUCAUUAAGUUCAGUUACCUUUGCCUUCUUGGGUACAGGAACAAUUGUGGCCAUCUUGAAGCAUGUGGGGACAGCAGACUGGGAUAGGGGGAUAUUGAAUAUGCCCGUAAACACACCAGCCAGCUGGUCUGCGCAUGCUCUGAGGACGCGGCUAGGGAUGCUGUCUGGGCCGGCAGCCUUGCGAGGGUUAACACGUUUAAAUGUUUGACUCACGUCGACUACGGAGAAGGAGCAGGUAGCAGGCUGCAUCGGGGGCACUGUGUUAUCCUCAAAGCAUGCAAAGAAUGUGUUUAGCCUGUCUGGAAGCAAAACGUCGGUCUCGGCGACGUGGCUGUUUUUCCUUUUGUAGUCCGUGAUUGUCUGUAGUCCCUGUUGAAUUGCAAAUCCACUUUAUCUCUAUACUGAUGUUUAUCUUGUUUGAUUGCCUUGUGGAGUGAAUAACUACACUGUUUAUAUUCUGCCAUAUUACCAGUCGCCUUGCCAUGGUUAAAUACGAUGGUUUGCACUUUCAGUUUUGCGCGAAUGCUACCAUCUAUCCUUGGUUUCUGGUUAGGAUAGAUUUUAAUAGUCACCGUGGGUACUACAUCUCCUAUACACUUCCUUAUGAACUCACACACCGUAUCCGCGUAUGCGUCUAGAUUAUUUUCAAAAAGGUACCUGGGAAUAUAUCCCAGUCCAUGUGAUAAAAACAAUCCUGAAGUGUGGAUUGUGAUUGGUCAGAUCAGCGUUGAAUAGUACAGGCACUUCCUGUUUGAGUUUCUGCCUAUAGGACGGGAGGAGCCAGAUUGAGUUGUAGUCAGAUUUGCCAAAAGGGAUUUGCUUUGUUAAAACCCCCAGCUACAAUAAAUUCACCCUCAGGAUUUGUUGUUUCCAGUUUGCAUAAAGUCCAGUGAAGUUCUUUGAGGGCCGUCGAGGUUUCGGCUUGAGGUGGGAUGUAAACAGCCGUGGCAAUGACGGAGGAGAAUUCUCUUGGGAGAUAAUAUGGUCAGCUUUUAAUUGUGAGGUAUUCUAGGUCGGGUGAACAAAAUUACUUGAGUUACUGUAUGUUCCUAGAAUUACACCAUGAGUCGUUAAUCAUGAAACACACCCCUCUGCCCUUCUACUUCCCGGAGAGAUAUUUAUUCCUGUCUGCACAAUGUACUGAGAAUCCUGCUGGCUUUACCGACUCUGACAGAGUAUCCCAAGAGACCAUGUUCCGUGAAACAAAGUAUGUUACAGGCCCGACGUCUCUCUGGAAAGAAAUCCUUUCUCGCAGCUCAUCAACUUUGUUAUCCAAAGACUGAACAUUAGCGAGAAAUAUACUCGGAAGCGCUGGGUGGUGUGCGUGCCUCCUAAGUUGAACCAGCAGGCCGCCUCGAGUGCCUCUCCUCCGCCGGCAAAGUUUUGGGUCGGCCCCUGGAACAAGUUCAAUUGCUUUGGGGAGAGUGAACAAAGGAUCUGCUCCAGGGAAGUUGUAUUCCUGGUCAUAAUGCUGGUAGUUCUGGUGAGUUACCGCCGCCUUAAUAUCCAAUAGUUCUUCCUGGCUGUAUGUAAUGACACAACACAUUUCCUGUGCUAAUAAUGUAAAAAAUAGUACAUAAAAAAUACAAAAAAUACUGCAAAGUUUUCCAAGAGCUAGUCUUGAUGCUGCCAUCUCCAUCGGCACCAUCUUGCCCUGAUACACUAGCCUAUUAGUCACAUUAUGACUGAAUUGUGAUCAUUGCCCUUGUGUAACUAACUUCACAUAGCCCCCCAGAAGAAAGGCACACGGACACCCACACUUCAGGUUGACUCGGUUUUUAUCUGCAGUAAAAGAUAUCAAACACUGAUGACAUGCAUUGACAGGAUGAUCACAGCCACACAUUCAC